CCACUCAGUCCACUAUACAUACUGACACAGUCCUCACUAAUCAGUCGUUUGCUCAAUGUCAACCGGCACGCCGUUCAGUUAACAGAUUCUUUGCAACAAAUUUCAACGGCAAUAACAAUACGGUUUUCGUCGUCGAUCCUAAGGUGACAAAAAACAUACUAUCAGUCGCAUAAAAAAAAAAAAAUUAAAAACCGUAAAUGUUGCGAUCGGCGGCGGCCCGACGGUGCAGGUUUUUCACGUUUUGCGAUAUAAUAGCUGACCGCGUCCAGUGCUACAGUCUCCCGGUACCAAUUAUACCGCAACCGCGUUUGAACACCAACGUUCCGAUGGCGCAACAGCAGCAGUACGAGCCACCGGCGUUCGACUCGAACUGCAUGACGCUCACGCGGUACGUGUUGGCCGAACAGAAAAAAGUUCCGUCGGCCACCGGAGAUCUGUCCCAACUGUUGACCAGCAUUCAGACGGCCGUCAAGGCGGUCAGCUCGGCCGUGCGCAGGGCCGGACUCACGCACCUGUAUGGCAUGGAUGGGUCUACGAACGUGCAAGGCGAAGACGUCAAGAAGUUGGACGUGCUCAGCAACGAAUUGUUCAUCAACAUGUUGGCGUCGUCUUAUACGGUCCACAUGCUGGUCAGCGAAGAAAACGAGACUGUCAUAGAGAUUGAGACUGAAAAACGUGGUAAAUACGUUGUGUGUUUUGACCCUCUGGACGGGUCGUCCAACAUUGAUUGUCUCGUGUCCAUUGGUUCAAUAUUUGGAAUAUUCAAAAAAACCGAUGAGAGCAAUGAGACAAACGUGAACAAUGCAUUUCAACCAGGCAGGAACAUGGUGGCUGCAGGUUAUGCGCUUUAUGGCAGCGCAACAAUGAUGGUGUUAUCGUUAGGCAAAGGGAGCGGAGUUAAUGGGUUUAUGUUGGAUCCGUCGAUUGGUGAAUUUUUGUUGACUGAGAGUAACAUUAAAAUACCCAGCAAGGGAAACAUUUACAGUAUCAACGAAGGGUACUCACAUUUGUGGGACAAAUCCGUGACAGAGUAUGUGAGGAGGAAAAAAGACCCAGAGUGUGGUAAACCGUAUGGUGCCAGGUAUGUUGGCUCGAUGGUUGCAGAUGUACACCGUACAUUGAAGUAUGGAGGUAUAUUCAUGUACCCGGCUACAAAACUAUCACCAAACGGCAAGUUACGUCUAUUAUACGAAGGAAACCCAAUGGCUUACAUAAUUGAAGAGGCAGGUGGAAUAGCGAGCAAUGGUAAGAUACCAAUAUUGGACAUACAACCCACAGCCUUGCAUCAGAGAAGCCCAAUAUUUUUAGGCUCCAAAGAAGAUGUCAACGAAUUGUUAGAAAUAUAUCAAUCAUAAAGAUUACUUACAUUUUUUGUAAGAAAUUUAUUAUACAAAAAUGAUUACACAGUGUAAUGUUGUAAAUUUUAUAAAGUAAUAAAAAAUUUUAUUUUCGUUUCCUAA